AUGGCGAGUCCGCACUGGCGGACGCGGCGACGAGCGGCGACUGUAUGGCCCCUACGCGUCUUCACGCUCUCAUUGCUGUGGUUGUUGACGCUCCAGGGUCUUGCAGACGCUAUGGGACCAUCUUCUACCUUCCGGAUCGAUGGAAAUACCAAGAUCCACGACAUUUUCACGUGCUCGGACAUGCAUUUUAUCGGCUCGUUUAACGAAUAUUACGUCAACUGUGCGCUAGAUGUACCUUCCCAGGCGACGCUAACGCUGCUGGAGAUCGUCAACGUGACGCUUGACAGCUCGGAGCUUUCGCCGCUGCGUGGAGUGCACGCGGAACUGACAUUUAAGCUCAACACGAGCCUCGCGGCAGUUUCGAUCCACAACAGCCAAGUACAAGCCAGUGCCGUGGAGAUUUAUGCCGCUAACGUCACGGUCGACGACCGUUCUGUCGUGAACGUGACGGCUCGUGGAUUGAAGUUCGGGCCCGGGUACAACUCGUGGAGCGCGAUGGGCGGCAGUUAUGGCGGAAUUGGCGGCGCGUCACUCACGGCAAGACGCUCUAGCUGUGAUAAUGUGCCGGCUAAUGACUUUUUCCGAGCGAUUGGGGACGUUGCAGUUGACGGCGCGAAUUUCCGAGGCUAUGGCAGCGGCGGAGGCAGUGAGAGAAGUCGUGGUGGCGGACGGAUCCGCUUAGUAGCGGACGAGGAUGUUGUGAUUGAUGGAUCGCUCGUAGCUAGUGGAGGAGAUGCAUGUACAGAUUGUUAUGAUAGUGCCGGUUCGGGCGGCAGUGUGGUGGUGGUGGCAAAAGGGAGAAUCUGUGGCAAUGGGACCGUGCAGGCAGAUGGUGGAGAGCCAAGCAAGUUUAGCGGUGAUAUUGGAGGAGGUGGAGGAGGCGGCGGUGGACGGAUUGUACUGAAUUCAGCAAACGGAGAGGGACAGGAGUUUGUGCGGGUGUCCGCGUACGGAGGUGGUGGUUUGACCGCUGCUGCCAGAAAUGAUGGGAUAGCGUGGUGUCAGUUGGGAGGUGAUGGGACUAUACUGAAGACUCAACGUUUGUCGAAACGCGAUGCUAAACGUGGUAGGUGGCAUGAUCAUGAAAAUGAUGACCACGCUGUUGUUGUAAGCACGUUGCUUGUGCAAGGAGGCCGGUUAGCACACACAGGGCCUGUGAGACGCAUCCAGAUUUAUGGAUGUACACCGAUUUUUGAGCGAACACCUCGAGGUGCUCAAUUUCUGCCCGAGUCACUUGUGCAUAUCUUGGUGAACGGAGGAGCAACUGUGUGCGCGUCGGUAAUUGAGCUGAAGGACAAUGUUGGAGGCAUCGAUAGCACAAUUGAAUUAGAAUCCGGGUCAGAGCUAAAUGCUCUUGAUCGUGAACGGACCAUCAGGCUAUCAGCAUUGCAAGUGACGAUUCAGGGAUAUGUCGGGCCCACGUCGAUGCAAGAGCGGGAUCAGUUUAGUUUGGACUUACGUGGAGUUGACGUGUCUUUCUCCAAUGCAAUGGCAAUGCUGCAUGACCUUACGAUCGAUGCUCGCGGUGACCUUUCCAUUGACAAGUUUUCUGAGCUCAACUUCCGAGGGCAAGUAAAUAUUCGGACGAAUGCUUCGACCAAGAUAGACGGUUUUAUGCAGCCUUCAGGCAAAUCACUGGAGCUUAUACGGGGUAGUGGCCCUGAAAGUAUUCCCUUGAUAAGCGUGGUGAGCAAAUUGGACGUAAGGUUUUGCCCGCAAGUGGUAGAGAUGGGCCAGGUCGAGUUGCAGAUUGUGGCCAAUGGCUCAGUUGUGCUGAAUAUGCCAUUCGACACCCCAUUUCUCAAGUUGCUGAUUUCGGCUGCAAACGUAUCGAUUGACAACUUAUACGGUGGUCCUGUGAGGGAAUGUAAAGGCAUCGAGCAACAAGCUGAUGCAUCUGCUUGCACAACUUUACAUACGUUAAAAGUUGGCGACCAGCCCUAUUCGGUCAGUAUUUUUGCGUCGGAAAGUGCUACGCUGGGUAACAUUUCGGCUGGUUCCAUGAUUCUUUGUAGCAUCAGUAACAUGACCAUCGGUGGCGCGAUAACUAGCUCAGCACUUGGAUGUGGUUCCGGAGUAGGUCCUGGUACGAGUAAAAUCUUUGGCGAAGCCAGCGGUGGGGCAGGUCAUGGUGGAAGAGGUGGCAACGUUUUACCAGGAAGUGGUGGAGGUGGUGCUGCGUACGAAGUUCCGGCCGACUUUGAGAUGCGGCAAGACUCUUUAUUGAUGACAAGUAGUUUCGGUACAGGGUGGCCGAUUUGGCCUGGCAGCGGAGCUGCGAGUGGAGACACAGUGAAUCAUAUUAUCGGAGGUAGUGGAGGUGGAAUCAUCUACAUUGGGUCUGCAACUCUCAACUUGACCCAAACAGCGUCCAUCUCGGCGCGCGGUGGGAUUGGCUCGAUGGGUGGCGGCGGCGGGUCUGGUGGUUCCCUCACACUUUUUGUUGCAAACAUCACAGGCGGAGGUAUCAUUGAUUUGGCAGGAGGAUCGAUACCAGUGCCUGUGAUGGUCGUUACCGAAAGCAAUUCGGCAAACCAGUCAUUGAUCUGGAAUCCAAGUGUCAUGCCUGGUGAUUUUAUGAACAACGCUGGUAAGGUGGGUGGCGGUGGGGGUGGCGGAAUAGUUCGCGUCGCAUAUGUGGAUACACCCGACAAUUCGAGUGGUGGUAAUGGAGAAAUGUUUAUCAAGGACGGAGGUCGCAUUGUAGUUGACGGAGGCAAAAGCGUAGGAGGUGAAAAUGGCGGCACGGGCGUAAUGAUCGGUGUUAAUUGUCAUCCAGGGCGUGGUGGUGUUUUCUGUUUGCCAUGCCCCGAGGGUAGCCAUAGCCCAGACCGUUUUUCGAAAUGCUUACCAUGUGACCCAGGCACAUGUUCCACUCAUGCGGGAUCCGUAAAAUGCGAUGCAUGUGCAAUUGGUCAAUUUAAUCCGGACUUUGGCAAAAAAGAGUGCCAGCCAUGUCCGUUGGGUUCAUUUGGUGCAAAAGCGGGUUUAAAGAAGUGUGAGAUGUGUUCACCUGGAUCAUUCGCCGGAUCGAUUGGCAGCAGUAAGUGCUCGUUCUGCCCUGUAGGUAGCAUCGCUGCUUCGUCGGGCAGUAUUAAUUGCACAAGAUGUGGAGUCGGAGAGACUACAGCAAAAGCUGGCGCAACUAUGUGUGCAGCAUGCACGGACAAACCCAUUCAUUCUGAGUUUAAUAUGCCUGGCAACUGCUCCUAUGCUUGCUCCAAGGGACGCAACGGGCUUGACUGCUUAACGCCAUUCGAGCAUCUAGUGAAACCUAUCGGUGGUCCACUGGGUUUUGUCAUUAUCGUUUUUGCUGUCACCAGUCUUAUCUUUUGCGUCUGGGGAUUCUUCUCAUACUGGAGCUCGAAGUUUAAGAUGCACCGUUACGCCCAGUACAAGGCGAAAAGGCUGCGCGAUGAGCUGUCGCUGAAGACGUUAACAAAAAAGCUGACUCCUCGGCUAACGGACCACGAUCUUAAUGCUCACGUUGCUCGCUUGUACCUCACAGGAGAUAACCAUGUCAAGAGUGCUUGGCGGUUGGACCCGUACUUUUUACCAGAGAGUCUCCGUGAUAUCGUCGAAAUGGGCACGUACGCGCGCUUUGCUUCGACGUGUAACGAGUUAAUGGAGUGGAAACCAACAAGCUGGGAGGUUUGGUUGUACCGCUUUUUGGUGGUCACGAUUCCUCCAUGUGGUACUCUUUUCAUGCGACGCUGCCAGUUGCAUCGCGUUGUGAGGCUUGUUAAGUACAUUGAGGGAUUUGGUGGUCGCUUUUUCCGCGGCAUCAACUUUCGCGUGCAUGGUACGCAGCUGAAAAUUGGAUUCAAUUCCGAUUUUUCACUCGGCUAUCUCGAUGUACUGAUUCCACCGUCAGGCUCGGCUUCGUCCGUGAACUUGAGCGCGAUGCAAAUCGCCAACCAUGAAGAUUUGGUGCUUGUGGUUGGUGGGAGUGGAUCGUUCUUUCGGCCGUAUCAUCUCGAUUCGAAUGACAUCGUUGUGCGAGCUGUACCCUCACGUCUGCAGCUUUUGGAGCACAUGUUUUGGAUUGAUUUUGUGGCUGACAUGAACCAGAAAUUGCGCGUGUUACCGCAGCCUUCGUCAGUUGUCCGUCGUGUUUCGGAAGCUGCCAAAGUGGCUCGUGAUAUUAUUGUUCGUGUGGCAGCGUUCAACGAACACCAUGGAAACGAUGGUUUCGCCGUGAUGUUCGGGAUAUUUCUCGUUGGUGACGCGGAAGCUGCCGGUGGAAGCGUGUGUUGUUUUCAGCCACUUUCGUUGAAGAAUGUAGACGCGAUUUUUGCGUCCUACCCGAAGAAACCGUUUAAACUAGCCUUUCGAAUUUCCAGAUCGAAAGUGCCACAAGUAUAUCCCGACAGCGUGAAGAAGACUCGAAACAGGGUGUCAGACUAUCCCGGGUCGUUGACCGGGGAUAACGAACGGAGGAUGGUUGAGACUGAUUCCCGGUCUGCUGAGUUCCGGUUCUCGCAAAUCAGGACGGAAGCUCUGUGUGUACAGCCUGAGCGUCAACACGCAGACACAACAAGCGGCGCAAGUGACAGCCUACUGUCACGCGACACACAAAAAAGACGUAGCACGGCGCGACGAACGAGAGCGCUGGUGAAGCUCUUGUGCACGAAUGACACUGCGAAGCGAUGGUUGACGACACUUUGGCGGCCUGUGUAUCCUCUGUUCCGACUGCGUAACUUGCCACGUCCCGAGAUACCAGCUCGUUCGUUGCUCUCCCUGAUGUUGGUGCUCCUCAUUAUUGCUGACAUGGGUGUUGCCUUUUGGAUUAUGGUGGAGUACUAUUGUGUUCAAAUUCGUGAUCCCACUGCCCAAGAUGCUGGCUGCUCUCGGACAGCGUUAUGGUCAGUCCUGGGUAUCUUACCCGCAGCGAUCGCCGGCUCGCCGCUUCUUGGACUGGCUUUCGUCACGAGGAAGAGCAUAUUCUGCGGCAAGCUGUUCGCGUUGUGGAAUGCCAGCUCCAUUGUGAACCAAGUUGUCGCUUUCGUUAGCGGCGUUGUAUAUCUUGACUAUAUUCACGACGGGAUCCUUCUAGUGGCACUCGCCGGCAUGCUGAUUAAAUAUUUCGAGAAAGAAGUGGCCUUGCGAUGCAUUGCACAAUACGCAAGUGAGCGGUCUUUACGCGGUUGGCGUGGCCUGCACACUACACGUGAUUGGUACGAUGCUGCAUACACGCCCUUGGUCCAUUACGAAAGCUAA